GUCCCAGUUCCCAGUUCUAGCUGCGUACUACUGAGUACGGAUUGGUUACUUCUCUAGUAAGGAAUUCAUGGAGUUGAGUAAAUUCUGCUACUCUUCUUUAGUUUUUCUCAUCUCAGGGAUUGUACUGCCGGCGGUGGUGGUUGCUGUCGGCAUCAAUUACGGCCAGAUCGCGAACAAUCUGCCUUCGCCGGACGAUGUGGUUCCACUGGUACGGUCAAUUGGUGCGAGCAGAGUGAAGCUCUACGACGCAGAUCCGAAGGUGCUGCGCGCAUUUGCCAACACUGGAGUUGAGUUCAUUGUUGGGCUGGGAAACGAGUACUUGUCGAAGAUGAGAGAUCCGGACAAAGCGCUGGCCUGGGUGAAAGCGAACGUUCAGGCGCACUUGCCUGAUACCAAUAUCACCUGCAUCACCGUCGGGAACGAGAUUUUGACAUACAAUGACACUUCUCUCAAUGAUAACCUGCUGCCGGCGAUGCAGGGCGUACACGCAGUUCUGGUUAACCUAGGGUUAGACAAGCAAGUCAGUGUCACCACAGCGCACUCGCUCGCCAUUCUCGAAACCUCCUAUCCGCCAUCGGCCGGAGCUUUCCGGCAAGAUCUGAUAGAGUGCAUUACUCCGAUUCUGAACUUCAAUGUCAAAACCGGAUCACCAUUUCUCAUCAACGCCUACCCAUUCUUCGCGUACAAAGCUAAUCCGAAGCAAGUCCCCAUCGAUUUCGUCCUCUUUCAGCCGAACCAAGGGGUUGUCGAUCCUGACACGAAUCUCCACUAUGACAACAUGCUGUUCGCACAGAUCGACGCCGUUUACUCCGCCCUGGCUUCCCUCGGCUUCAAGAAGAUUCCCGUUCAGAUCUCCGAAACUGGUUGGCCUUCCAAGGGCGACGAGGAUGAGACCGGGGCCACAAUUGAGAACGCAAAGAAGUACAACGGAAACCUGAUAAAGCUGAUGUCUCAGAAGAGAGGAACGCCCAUGAGGCCAAACUCUGAUUUGAACAUUUACGUUUUUGCUCUGUUCAACGAAAACAUGAAGCCCGGGCCCACGUCGGAGAGGAACUAUGGGCUGUUCAAACCCGAUGGAACCCCAGCCUAUCCGCUCGGAUUCAGCGGAAUCGAAGUCAGCAGCAACACAACCACCCCUGGGUACGGCGGAAACGUCAGUGUCACGCAGCCGGCUACUUCUUCCACCGGUUAUCUUUCCAUUUCAUCUGCCACGGAAAGAUUAGGUUCCCGUGGCAUUCUAUCCUGUGUGUGCUUGAGCUGGAUUGCACUGGCCCUUAGGAGUUGAAAUGUGAUUGAGAAUUUGAAGUCCUUUACAGCCUCAUCGGCUAGCUGUAAAAAAAAGGGAACAGGAAGGGGAAAAGGAAUCAGGGAGAUUGGGGGUUGGGGAAAGGUAAAAUUCUGUUCCUUUGCCUGUACGCGAUUAUGUGUUGUGGGAAUCAUCAUCAUCUUUAUCUUUUGGACUAACGAAAGUUUGCAUCUUCAUGGAAAUGGAAUUCCCAAUGAGCCAUACACCCCUGUUAUCCUAGUGGCCUUAAACAGUAAACAGUAAACGCAGAGAUUAAUGCUUUUGCUGGUGGAGCCACUUUUCCGGUAGAGGGUGUAGGGGCCACUGAGAAUUGAAAAUGAUGAAUGACCGUUGCUUUUUGCUUUUGAGUUGGCACUUGAUGUUGAGUUGCUGCUUUUCCUAUUUUUGGUUUUUUUUGUUGCUGUUUCAUUCUUUUUCUUUCUUUUUGCAGGGGCUAUGUAUCAGAUAUUAAUAACGGUACGCCUGAGGAGAUUAGGGAGAUAAUUCUUAGUUUUAGUAUUGAUUUACGCAUAUAGGACAAUUAGAUGAGUGAUAUUUGAUGGUGUCUUGUAUCACAUUUGUUUCAGCCCAUAAAGAAAUGUUCAUCAUUUUCUGUCUUUGAUUUCA